CAAAAAAAAUUGUAGAUGUAGAUUGUGUUGUUGUUACUUAAUUUUUAUUGUAUAACACAUUUGAUUUCAGUUUUGCUCUAAGUAAAUAAAAUAAUAAUAAAUUAUUGUGUUAUGCUUUGGUGCAUUCAAUUUGGAAUUAUUGCUAAAUUAACUUUUUUAAUUUACAAGUUGUAAUUUGUAAAUAAGUUGCAAUCACGUGUAAUCGUCAUUUUCAAAAAAAAAAAAAACAAAACAUGUCGAAUAAACCUGAAAAAGAUUUACAUUUACCGCUCUCUAGGGUUAAAACAAUAAUGAAAAGUUCUCCGGAAGUUGACGCAGUUGGUCCGGAGCCUCUAUAUUUAGUAACUAAAUGUACAGAGCUGUUUGUAAUGGAUUUAGCAAGAAGAUCAUUUAUUAACAGCCACAAUAGUCUAGAUUACAAACACAUAGCAGAUGUGGUACAAGAAGAUGACACACUAGACUUCUUGAGGGAGAUUAUACCAAGAAAAAUAACUGUUAGAGAGUAUAAGGAACUGAUGGCUCGAAAAUCUACUAAGGCUAACCCUGAUGACUCCAGUGAAACAUCCAGUGAUGAGGAGAGUGAAGAAAACUCUGACAGUAAUCAAGAAGACAACCAAGAAGAACAGGAAUCGUAAUAAAUAUGUUUGUUAAAGACAUGAACUAUAAUUGCCCCUACAGCUUUUUAUAUACUACAUUUAAGAUAAUAGUUUCUGUGUAAAGCGAAUCACACACUAUGCAGAAACAGUAGGAUAUCUGUAUCUGUGCAUAAAUCUUUCAAUAUUACUCUAUAUUACUUGUUUGAAUUAACACACAGUGCAGAUAAUUUAUAUUUUAUGGUAAAGUAUCUGUGGGCACCGACAUAAUAUAUAGAAAGAUGGUGAGAUUAUUAUCUGCAUAUACAAAUAUAUCUGCAGAUAACAACUUUUACCUGCAUGUAAAUACAGGAUAUGUGUAGGGGCAGGUUGUACAGUGAGACUUCGGUAAAACCCCAACUUAUUGUAAAACUCUGUACAAAACAAUCCUUACUAAAAGCAAGGCUAUUCAGUCGAAAGGAUUUCAAGUGUAUGUAUCAUGUUGUACACAAAUAAAAUUUGAAAAACAAAAUUUUAUGAAUGAUGUGGGAUUCGAACCCACUACCUCUGGGGUUCCGUGCCGGUGCUCUAAUAUACUGAGCUAACCAUUCGAGUACCGCCUCGUUAUAAAAUUCUGUUUGCUUUGUUCAACUCUCAGGUUGUGGCUUCAUCUACAGGAUCUACUUUACAGUUGACAACCUGCUCAACCCCAAUAUUUCCAUAUUAGGAAAAUUUACUUGAGAUGUCGCUCUUGUAAAUCUAAAUAAUAUGUUAUGUUUUUAAAGUGAUAACCCUCACCUCUAGGAUUAAUACACAAAUAACAUUUGAAAAACAAAAUUUUAUGAACGAUGUGGGAUUCGAACCCACAACCUAUGGCGUUCCAUGCCGGUGCUCUAACCGACUGAGCUAACCGUUCGAGUACCGCCUCGUUAUAAAAUUCUGUUUGCUUUGUUCAACUCUCAAGUUGUGUAGGUAGAUUUGUGUAUUAAUCCUAGAAGUGAGGGUUAUCACUUUAAAAACAUAAUAUAUUGUUUAGCAUGUUGUAUAUUAUCAUAUCUGUUUAGUGUGUGAUUCGCCUAAGAGAAGUGUUAAUCACAAACCAACAGCAAGUGUAUCUGCCCUUCUGUGCUAUAAAAGUAUGUGUAUAUAUAUGAAUUAUUGUUCAAAAUUUUGUAAAACUGUCUAAUUUUUUUUAUACAUACCUAUGCAACAUUCAUUCAGAAUUUGUUGUCUUAUUAUAUAAAUAAUAAGUAUUGUAUAUGGCAAUCAACAUAUUUUUUCCAUCUUACAAUCCACUCAAGCACUCAGCAAUAUGUUUCGCCAUCUAACACUAGAGAAUGCUGUAACAAAUUCCUAUAUUUAGCACUAAUAGCUUUGCAAUAAUUGUUAUCUUUAUCUCAAACAGUAAACUAAUAAUUUCACUAUUUAACAUUGCAGUUAAGAAACUAUUCUACAAUUAGCCUACAUUUUCGAUAAUGAGAACAUAAUAACUAAAAAUGACCUUGAACCUGUAACCAAAUUACAUCAAUUUUGCAUGCAACUGUUAUCUAUUUUUCUAAUAUGUAAUAACAAUAAUUGUUGUUCUCGUUAUGAUCAAGAUGUACAACUGAGUGAAUAAUGCGGACCUCAGCAUAAUUGAGACGCAUAUGUGAUAGCUUCCACUUGUACUUUCAGUUAAUCAUGGUUAAAUACAGUCACUUAACAAUGGGUGGAUUCCCUAUGCCAUACUUGUUGAUUCGCGAAUAUAUUCCAUAGUUUCAGAAGAUGUAGUAAACUCCUUUGAUAGGUUAAUGAGUUUUGAGAGUUGAUUGGUUAGGUUUUUAAUGAAGUUAAUACUUAAUAAUGUUUUUGACUAUCUCAUAUUUAUUUAAUUAGUUAUGUUUUAAAUAAUUGAGUAUUUGUAUGCAAUGCAAUUAUUUUGUAAAUUAUUUUAAUACCACAAUAAAUAUACAAGCAGUUGUGGUUGUAUGUAAUUCUGUUCAGUGAAAGGAAUUAAAUGAUAAUUCUUUGAAAUUGUUUGGAAAAAAUCAUGCAUGCAAAUUGUAUUCAUUAUUUUGAUAUUAUUUAACUUUUCCUCAACGAAAUGUUAUGUAGUGAAUGAUUAAAUGUAUGUACACUUAUAAUUAAGUUAUCUAAAAUUAUGAGGCAUUGAAUUGAUAAUUAAAUAAAUGAUUCUUUCUUGAUUUUACAAAA